AGGAGUUGGUCAGCAGUCACGUUAUCAACACAGAGUCACCUGAUUAAGAUAAUUAUCUCGUCAAUUAAUGAUAUUGAUAAGUUCGUGUACCUGCAUGUACACCUAUGUAUGGAAGUAUUUACAUCCGAGAUGGUAACACCGAAAGGGAUGAAAAUGGCACCGGUGUGAUGCGUAAAGUUGAGCUUAACGACAUUGGAGCCACACAUACAUGCAGUGCAAUGAAUACUGCAGCUAGACGUGGUACGACGGGUUCAGGCCACCGUCAUAGUGAUAGCGACUGUGACAUGAUACAAACUGCUGACGAAUUGGAACAGAACUCGCAAUAUGAAUCCGGUACACAUACAAGUAAUUAUCAGUACGAGCCACCACCGGCCAUUGAGGAGAAAAUGCGACGAGAGCUGAAGUUCUACUUCAUGAAUCCGUACGAGAAAUACAAGGCUAGAGGGCGUAAACCUUGGAAGCUUGGAGUACAGCUGAUUAAGAUAGUCUUGGUGACAUUGCAGCUAGUACAAUUUGGGACGAGUCAGUUCAAGCAAGCAACAUUCUUUGAAGACAACGAGAAGGCUUUCAACAAUAUUUUCCUGAAAGACUGGGACCCUGGUUAUGACUCCUUUGCGUAUCCUAAAACCAGACAGCUCUAUGCACUCUACUUGAAAGAAGACGUUUUCCAACAUUUGGACUAUGCUAUUUACCAGUAUUCGCAAUUGGAGAAUAUAGCCAUCGGGACCUAUGAGUUUGAAGUAUUAAACGGCACUGAAGAUAUUUACACCAUGACGUUGUGUAACAAGCACUUCACAUCAGUCGAAGGCAAAAAUGGAACAUUUGAUGUCAAUCUUACUACUGCAGUGGAUUGUCAGCAGUUUGAAGUUUCACCGACAGCUAACAUCAGCAUAAAGACAGUUAUGAAAGACAAGAACUUCAGUCUGAACUUUGACAGCUUGAUUGAGUUGAAACUGAAGUUUUCGAUUCGGAGUUUACAUGUGAAGAAUCUGGAUAUGCUGACGUCACCAGAUUGUGUCAGGUUCAAUAUAUCAAUCAUUUAUGAUUACACCAUCCAUGGAGGUCGCAUUGGGGUCAAACUUGACGAGGACCACUCAAUAUUCUACUGUUCUAAUAAAGUAACGGGUGACCAUUUUGACGGUGUUUUUAGCGAUCUUGUCAAGGUCUACGAUGUGCUGAUCAUGAUCCUCUGUUCGCUAUCUCUCACUCUGUGUUUGAGGUCCAUCCAUAGAGGAAGGAAACUGAAAAAAAAAACAAUGAAGUUUUUCAAGCGGUAUUACAGCAAAAAUUUAACCCGGAUCGAGAAACUUGAGUUUCUGAAUUUCUGGUACAUCAUGAUAAUUCUGAGUGAUAUGUGCACAAUUAUGGGGUCGACCGUCAAAUUGCUGAUUGAAUUUAAGUUGAAUACUGCCUAUGAUGUAUGUAGCCUGCUUCUUGGCUCUGGAUGUUUCUUUGUUUGGCUCGGAAUUCUCAGAUAUCUCGGCUUUUUCCCAAAAUACAACAUUCCCAUAGUAACGUUGAAGAGUGCUCUACCAAACUGUGGCAGGUUUAUUGUAUGUGGGCUCAUUCUGUACAUGGCAUAUGGUUUCUCUGGUUGGAUCGUACUGGGACCUUACCACCACAAGUUUCGAACACUCAACGUUGCCAUUGAGUGUAUGUUUAGCCUCAUCAACGGUGACGAUAUGUAUGCCACGUUUGAUGAGAUGUCUGAUAAGAGUACAGUGGUGUGGAUCUACAGUCGUAUCUAUCUCUACUCCUUCAUCAGCCUCUUCAUCUAUGCCAUACUCAGUCUCUUCAUUGCUCUCAUCAUGGAUACCUAUGAGACGGUCAAGGAGUGUCACGGUAGACACAAGAAUCACACGGAUCUCGAGGCAUUUAUUGAUAAAUGUGAUGACAGACCGGAGUCGGGAUGUUAUCGGAGAAAGAAAAAGAAGAAACGAAAACUUUUGAAGUUUGUUCGCAACUGCUGUAAAAGAUCCAGCUCUUCCGAUGAAGAAAAUUUAGUUCAAUGAAAUUUGGGAAUACAUUGGAGCAGUGCAUUGGCAAGUCUUCCUGUAUAUAAAGCACUACAUUCCCACCUUGACAUUGAAUGCAGAAUAAUUCUAUGGCAUAUGACGACCCAUAAGUAUUAACUGUACAUUUUUGUAAUGCGCCAAAGACUGUUGACACAAUGAAACUGGCGCUAAGAUAUCGGAUAUGGUGAUGCCCAGUAAAAAAUUAAUAGUAAAAACAUUAAGCAGGUACUUAUUCUGAGCACCUUUUCCAGGGGUUGCAAAGUGCUAGGAUGUGUUCAACACAGAGAAUCUAAAACAAAGAAGGCCCAAUAUCAAAAACAAGUGUGUCUUCAGCAGUUUGUUGAAUGAUUCAAGUGAGUUUGUAUUUCUGCAGCUAUCAGGAAAUGAAUUUCACAGGGCUGGGCCCGCAUUGGAGAAGGCUCAGUCUCUAGCUUUAGUGAUUGGCCAAUCCUAAAAAAGAAGGUUGCUUAGCGCUCCAACCUCUUAAUAUAUAAGGCUUUUUCAAACACAAUAUCAACCUUUGAGGUACCCAUUUAUACCCAUGUACCUUUCUUGUAGUUCUACCUUAUUCCCCUUUGGUAUGCAGUUAAUUUGAUAAGCUUUUAUAUUUAUAAUGUGCUUCAUAUAUACCUAUCAGCAUUGGCAGUUUUUCUUGGAUUUUUUUCCAGAGUUUUUUUCUUUUUUUUUCUUUCUUUCUUUGGGGGGGGGGGGGAUACUUCUGUAGUAGGAAAGAAAGUGUUUGAGUGUGACAUUUGGGCUUGGGGUUGGAGAAUCCCUGAGCAACCAUCAAACGAAUUUUCUACAAAACACGGCCAAUACUUACGUAAAUUUUGUGACGCCAUAUUGCAAAACGAUGAUAUAUUGAUACAAAUUCGUUUGACAAGUUGAUAUUUUACCUGCCUGAUGAAUUUCUUUCGUCUGAGCAACCAUGUUUGACAUGGUAUAGAAAAAGCACCCAACAGCUUGCCUAGGUACCAGUAAAAAAAAAAAGAUUUGG